AUGUCUCUUGACUCACUUCCAAACAUUGUCUUUGUAAAUGUGUUGAUCAUGGCGCCACAGGUGGACCAAUUUAUGAUUGGUCUAACAUCAAAGCGAGCGUGGACACUUUAUAAUAAGCUUCCAAUUGAUCAAGAUAUAUUUGGAAUAUCAUUGAAGAAGAGCACACCUUUACAUGACGACAAUACAUCAUAUAACUUCCCACCCAAUGUAACAACACUUGAGUUGAGAGGAUCAUAUGAUUGCGUUGACAUUGCACCAGGCUUCAUCCCAAGCACGAUCACAACUCUUAAAUACAACGUUGACAGACCAUUAAAUACUGAAGCAAUACCCAUGUCAGUGGUCAACCUUGAGUUUAGUAGAUCGCACAAUGCGCCAUACCUCAAUUACUUAACCGGACUCAUUCCAAGCACAUUGAAAUCUCUAAGUCUGGAAAACUACCACCUCCAUCCCGUAUCAAUCCCAACAUCACUGACCAAACUCAAGAUCACUCAUCGGAUCAAUCAGCUGAUCCCACCAAUCAACAAUUUACACAACCUCACUGAACUCUACAUUCAUAGUGAGAUCAACCCAAUCACCUGGGCCAGCUCCCCGGAACUGAAAUCACUGACGACACUACACAUUGGACGCCUGACGAGCAUUCCUCCCAUUGGAUUCUUUUCCAAUGCCAUCAAGAAGUUGACAUUCGACUAUUACACCUACGAUCUCACUCCUGGCCUCUUGCCAACCUCCCUGGAAACACUAUCAAUCUCCAAGGCGUUCAAUGUUGGGCUAAAGGCGGGAUGUCUCCCAUCCUCCCUCACCUACCUCUCACUCGAUCAAUAUGACCAGCCCAUCCAGAUCGGUGCAUUGCACGAAGGACUUGUAUAUUUUGAUAUUGGAUCAACAUUCACUCAUAACAUUCAAGAAGGUGUCCUCCCAACCUCUCUAAAGACAUUCAUCUUUAGCAGGCUCAUCUGUAAUGAGACUCAACAUAUCAUUCUCCCAGAUCAACUUGAGAAUCUAUCUCUUAGUGUGUACAGUGAGAGUGUAUGCACACUGCCCAGUCGUCUAAAGUCAUUGGCAAUCAAGUCCUUCCACUCAACUACUAUGAUAUCACCUUUGCCACCAACAUUGGAAACAUUCUCAGUCAGUUGUUGCUCCAAUGGUGUUGACAUUGCCAUUCGCAACUGUCCAUCAUUGACUAGUUUGGAGUGUCCAAGCAACUUGUUCAAUUCAGAUAUCCAACCAUUCGUACCCCUUGGAUUGAGGAGCCUUGUCAUACUCGUGUCCACAACCCCAUUCACCUUGCCUCUAGACAACAGCUGGAGCAACCUUCAAGAGAUAGUCGUUCAUUUACAUGAUAACUAUAAUCUCGAUUCAAGAUCCAGCUGGGAGGACACUAUGUCGUGGCUAAGAAGUAGUAUGACAAACAACCGUUCUAUCAGAGCACUAAUCAGUGCCAAACGAUCAUUUGACAUCUAUGUGGACAACGGUCUAAAGCCACGGUUUAGUGUCCGCCACGAUCUCUCUGAUGAUGGAAAGACGAUGGUAUUCACCUCACGUUUCAGAUACAAGUACUUCAACUUCUAG